UAAUGAUUUGUGCAGCAGAAGAACACAUAGAAUAAGUAGUGAAUUUGCAAUUGAUCAAUAAAGAGAAAUUGAAAGAUAAAUUUUUGAAAAAGAUGCGAAACAGAGAUAAUAUUGAUUAAACUUAUAGCGAAAGAAGAAAAAGUAUAAAUCACUUGAAUUAUUUUCUCUUAGAGAUUAAAUAGGAGCAACAGUCAAGGCCUAAAUUUGAGGAUUUAAUUUGUCCAAUUUGUCUAGAAAUCUUUUAAAAAGUUACUACUACUUAAUGUGGGCAUGCAUUUUGUGAAAUGUGUAUUUUUGAUAGUUUAAUGAGAAAAGCAGUAUAGAGUUCUUUUAAUAUUAGGAAUGUCCUGUUUGCAGAGUGAAAAUCAAAACACACUCAUUCUAAUAUUGUGAAAGUUUUGAUAAUAGAAUCAAUGAUUUAGUUCAUUAAUAUGGAGAUAAAACUUAGAUCGAGCAUUUUAAAAACAGAUAGUUAGAGAUGGAAUAAUGGAAUAAAUCCAAAUAGUAUUCAAAUAUAUCUAAGAUAGAGUAGACAAUUUGGCAAUAGACUAAUAAGUUGAUAUAAUGGAUUAAUCAUUUAUAUGGUGUGUGGCAACCAUUAAACAAAUCGGCAAAAAGGAAAUAUUUAUCCAUUAUGAUGGAUGGGGGAAAGAGUAUGAUGAAUUUAUCCCAUUGCAAUCAAAUAGAAUUGCCCCUUUGGGUCUUUAUACUAAAAGAGAAGAUAUCCCAAAAUAUCAACCUGAACAAAGGCAGUUUGCAGAUAUCAUAGAAUAUAUUAACCAAUAUGGAGAGCUUCCAACAUAAAAUGUACUGCAAAAUUGAU